AUGUCAAACGACGACAAUCUAGCUAGAAGCAAUAGGAUCUGUCAAUUCUUACGUGAUGAACUGACGGAUGAUGCUGAUGAAAGAUUCAUGCUAAUGCUUAUGCAACAACACCAAAUGUUGAUGGAAGUAGGAAUGAGUUAUUUAGCGGGCAGAACACAUACGAGAACAUAUUUGGAUCGGGAGCGUGAAGUCGGACAUGCUCGUCUUUUCAAUGAUUACUUCUCUGAUCAACCAGUUUAUACUGAUGAAAUGUUUCGACGAAGAUUUCGAAUGCGAAGAGAGUUAUUUUUGGGCAUUGUCGAAAAAUUACAAAAUCAUUCAGAGUAUUUUCAAUGGAGAAUUGAUGCAACAGGAAGGAUGGGCUUGUCACCACUUCAAAAAUGCACGGCAGUUCUCCGUCAAUUGGCAUAUGGAGCCCCUGCCGACCAAUCUGAUGAAUAUCUAAGGCUUGCUGAAACCACUGCUAUUGACUGUUUGAUCAACUUCUGCAAAUGUGUAUAUGAAGUAUUUGGGGAUCAAUACUUGAGAAGACCAACUGCAGCUGACACCCAACAUUUACUUGAAAUGCAUGAGCGAAGGCAUGGUUUCCCUGGCAUGUUGGGUAGCCUUGAUUGUAUGCAUUGGGAAUGGAAAAAUUGUCCCAUCGCUUGGAGAGGUCAGUUUACUCGAGGCGAUCAUGGACACCCAACAAUUGUGCUUGAAGCAGUCGCAUCUGCUGACUUAUGGAUAUGGCAUGCUUUUUUUGGAGCUGCGGGAUCACGUAAUGAUAUAAAUGUGCUUUACGAAUCACCUCUAUUCAACAAAGUUUUGGAAGGAGGUGCACCAGAGGUUUAUUUUACAAUAAAUGGCACGACAUAUACUAAAGGAUAUUAUCUAACAGAUGGGAUUUACCCAACUUGGGCUACCUUCGUCAAGAGUUUUCCAUGUCCCGAGGAUCCAAAGAGAAAAAAGUUCAAGGAAAGAUAA